AUGGUUUGAUGCUCGCCUCCAGGUCGCUCCAUGUUCGGAGCACGGGGAAGGCACUAGGGACGAGGGGAUCGAGGGGGGAUCGAGGAUAGGCAAGGAUGCUUCCCGCCCGUCUCGUCUCGCCCAGUCGAGGUCUCCUCCUUCACGCCGGCUCCUCCCCAAACCUUCAAGAGUUGGCCUACACUCUCGAGAACUCCACCCUCUUCCAGAAGCACCCCGAGUACCGCACCGCCCUCAACGUUGCCUCCAUCCCCGAGCGUGUCAUUCAGUUCCGUGUUGUCUGGGAAGACGACAACGGCAACCUCCAGGUCAACCGCGGUUACCGUGUCCAGUUCAACUCCGCCCUCGGUCCCUACAAGGGUGGUCUCCGUCUCCACCCCUCCGUCAACCUUUCCAUUCUCAAGUUCCUCGGUUUCGAGCAGAUUUUCAAGAAUGCCCUCACUGGCUGUAAGUGACCAAACGGGAUAUACAAAACCAGAAGACCAGAUUUGCUGACUCGGCGUCUCUAGUGAGCAUGGGUGGUGGCAAGGGUGGUGCCGACUUC